GCUUGCUAACCUUCUCCUACUUGAUGCAGUUAUCAACUUUCAAACUACUCGUAGCACGACACUGACGUAAACGAGGAAACUCUAAUGUCGCAUUGUGUAACGUUACCCUUUUCCCGGUGUAUUGCUUUCAGCUCUAUUUAAUACAAUACUUAAAUACCGAGCGGAUAUCUAAAUCUUUAAUUCAUAUGUAAUACAUAACAUCUUUUAAUCGAACGAAGCUGCUAUUUCACCACAUGCCGUAAAGCCGUGUGCCGUAAUACAGUUAGUGUUGUUGUGAGGAGCUGUACCUGCACCAGAAGAAGGAUGUGGAUAUUCAGAUGCAAUAUUUUGGCAUUUGUGUUAUUUUCGGUGGGGCCGGACAGCGCGUCCGCUCUUCAAGAUGUGACGGCCGAGCUUUUCGGUGCCGAAAACUAUGGGACGGUGGCGGCGUUUGGAGAUUUUUACGCGGAUAAGCAAACAGACAUGUUCAUCAUCAGAGGGCAGUCCGAACUGGUGAUAUUCUUGGCUGACUCAAAAACACCUUACUUCAAGCCCAAGAUUAACAUCACAAAGGACAUUUUCCCCAGGGAUACCGUCCUCACCAGUGUGGUUCCUGGAGACUAUGAUGGGGACUCCCAGAUGGAUGUCCUUCUUACGGCUCAGCUCCAUAAAUCCAAGAUGACAACUGUGUUCAUCUUCUGGGGGAACAACCAGACAUUAGAUAUGAGUCAGUGGCUCAUGCUGAACAAGACCUUCACAGAUCAACCUCUUGUUAUGGAUUUCAAUGGGGACAUGAUCCCGGACAUUUUCGGAGUCACCGAUUCCGCACCACCCCUAUACACCGAAGUGUGCACUCUCACCAAAAGGAUUCCAGUGUGGCAGAAAGCGCUGAAUUCCUCCGUCAACAUGCGCAUCCCUCACUCGAACGCUUUCAUUGACCUCAACAAGGACUUAACCGCUGAUUUGUUCCUGACGACUGAAGGGCCCAAGUUUGAGACCUGGAUCAGCGAGGACGGGAACUUCACCAGAGAAGAAUUGAUGCCGUCUGAGCCACCAGCCAAAGCCAAGGUUGUCGGACAGUCCUCCUUCGUGGACUUCGAUGGUGAUGGCUACCAGGACCACCUCCUCCCUGUGUGUCUGGAUGACACCUGUCAUCACAGUGCCAUCUACAUGGCCAAGUCGGGCUCAAAGGAGUGGGUUCCAGUGCUGUUGGAUUUCCAGUGGAGGGAAACGAUUUGGAGCUUUGAUCUCAAGAAACUCAGCCCCCCCGUGGCCCUGCACUUCGGGGACUACAACCUGGACGGCUUCCCUGAUGCGCUGGUGGUCCUCCACAACACCAGUGGCAGUGGUCAGCAGGCCUUUCUGUUGGAGAACGUGCCCUGUAACAAUGCCAGUUGCCACAGUGUUGGGAGGAUGUUCUACAUCCACUGGGACCAGGCAGAUUUGGGAGCCAUCCAAAACGCCGUCAUAGCAACAUUCUUUGACAUCUACGAGGACGGUAUAUUAGACAUGCUGGUUCUAAGCCAGGCAGAGGGCAAAAGCGACUUGAUCAUCCACGCUUUGAAGAACAAUUAUGAAGCUGAUGCCUACUUCGUUAAAGUGAUGGUGCUCAGCGGCCUCAGCGGCCUCUGCUUCAACAACUGUCCAGACAAUAUUAAGCCUUUUGGUGUCAAUCAGCCAGGUCCCUAUGUCAUGUACACCACAACGGAUUCUAACGGCAACCUGAAGAACGCCUCAGCCGGUCAGUUGAGCCAGUCGGCUCACUUCUCCCUCCAGCUGCCCUACACUGUGCUGGGCCUCGGACGGAGCGCCAACUUCCUGGAUCACCUAUUCGUCGGCAUCCCCCGACCAUCUGGAGAGACGGAAAUAAGGAAGAAGGAGUGGACGGCCAUCAUUCCCAACUCUCAGCUCAUCGUCAUCCCCUUCCCAAACAACCAGCCCCGCAGUUGGAGCGCUAAGUUGUACCUGACUCCUAGCAACAGCGUGCUGCUGACGGCCGUCGCGCUGAUCGGAGUGUGCGUCUUCAUCCUCGGCAUUAUUGGCAUCCUCCACUGGCGAGAGAAGAAAGCGGACGACCGGGAGAAGAGGCAGGAAGCCCACCGUUUCCAUUUCGAUGCCAUGUGAAGGAGGACAACUGCAUCCUGGGAGAAAUUCCUCCCCGCCUCGCCCACCUUCCCCCGUCACACACACAUUUUUCACUCUGCUUCGUUUCGAGGGCCAAUAAACGAAUUCUCAUUUUGCCCCAAAACGUUUCUUUUUUUUUUUUAGAUUUCGUAGUCCAGUUCAGUCAGACGUGAAAUAUUUAUGUUUUAUUUUAUUAAUUCAUUCCGGUGUUAGAUGUACAGGAGCUCCAACAAGGCCAUGGAGACACGGGCAAAUCCUAAUGGACACAAAGCAGGGAUUUCUUUGGACCGGCUGUAGUCCGCAGCAUGACGAUCAGUGGUGUUAUUAGAGGAUCAUUUCAAGAACAGAAAUGACGCAGAUUUCCGUUGAAACAAUUGAGUCGAAUAUUGUACGCUUUUUGUUUAUUCACUGGAAGGGAAACACCUUUGUUUAAAAUAUGUAAUGUUACUUGAAAUCCAUGUGUGUUUGUGUUACUGUCCAUUGUCUUUGGUCCAGUUGAUUCAUUUGUCUUUUUUUUCAUUUUAUUGAGAUAUAGUAAAUAGAUUCUUCAGAUUUUAUGACCUGUGAAAUUACACUGAACAGUAUUGUUGUGAUAUCAAUCUCCGCCUUGCAGCAACUGGCUGCAAAGUGAACACAAUACGGACACACGUCGUGAUUCUGCGGAACAAUGUCUCUGCUAACUAACUCACAAACUCAAAUGAAGAAUUGCCUUCAGUGCAAAUUCGUCCUUUUUUUCUCAGUGGAUUGUAUCACAGUGCAUCGUGGGAGUGCCAAAAAAAAAAAAAGAGCGUUUCUGUGUUGCAUCCUGCAAAAUGUCUAAUGCUACUGCAUCGAGGCUCGGCAAAUAGUCUCAAACACAUUUUCAUGUUGAACUGCUGAAGAAGGCGUUCUCCUCUAAGCCGGCGUCGAGUCGUGGUUUUUAUAUUCCGUUGUCUUUUUUUAAUCCGGCGAAGUGCUCAGAUAUCUAUUUCACUAGAAUGAGCCUUUCCAAGCCGUUUGCACUUUUAAACUAUUAAUUCAUUGCGGGUGUGUGUAAUUUAUUUCAUUUUGUUCAAGCUACUAAAUGUGUUUACUUAAUGAGGUUGAGAAUAAAGGUUUCUUCUGCUUAAAUGAA